AUGGACACUCCCGAGCGGUCUCACGACCUUCCGUUUUCUUUUCACCCCCGCCACCCUCGGCGGCUUUUCCACGACGCGCACGACCGCCAGCCAGGCCCGGGAGGCGGAGGUUCUUACCUCAUUUUCCAAGACAGUGGAAACAAGGGCGAUGCAGCUUGCCUCCGGCGGUGUAUCGAGGCGCGAGAGCCUCCCGCGGCGAACGGCCGAUUUAAGCCUCGCCCUCUCAUCCAGAAACUCGCAAGCGAGAGAAACCCGCGAGGCGGCGCUGCUGCGCCUCGCCUCCCACAGAUCCCGGAGAGGGAAGUCGAAGGCGUUCCCGAGGUCAACAUGCGCCAGAAUGAAGGACAGGGAGAGAAGGCGACGGGAGCCACUGCCCACAAGAGCGAAGAAGCAGGCGAAGCCCAAGACAGCCUCGAAUCGGCCCAGGAGGCUCUCGCCUUUGCUCAGACGCUCGCAGAGAUGCUCGUGCAGCAACUCUCAGGACGGAAGGAGGGGAGAAGUCGAACGGCGGAGCGUGAGAGACGCUCAAGACAGAACUCGGUCCACGAGAGAGAGAGCGAAGCGACGGCCGAAAAUGAAGAGGCGAGAAGUUCCCCACAAACCUCCCGGACGGAGACGGGGAGUGCCGCGUCCUCCGAAGAGGCGAGGAGCGCAGGCGGAGAAAGGAGAGGCGACCUGGCGAUUGCUGCGGAGGAUCCGAACGCGGAUGUCGUGAAGAGUGUCGAGUGCCGAUGCAGCCGAGAAUGGGAGAGAACUGGGAAACUGCGAGGACACCUGAGACUUUGCUGCAGUCGAUUUCCGUACAUUUCCACUCCGCAGGUCGACAAACUCACCAUUGCCAAUCUCUUUCGGCUUCAAAUGUUCCCCUAUCAACUAACAGGUCUGCACUGGAUGUCGCUUCUCUGCGGCUCCGUGAACAAAGCGCUCUCUGGAACUCUCGGCGGAUUCAUUCUCGCAGAUGAACCAGGAAUGGGUUCGUCUGUGCAGACAGCGAUGCUCCUGUCGCUCGUGUACCAGAUGGGUGCUUUCCGGCGGCCUUCGUUGCUUGUCGUCUCCUCGAAUGCGCACUUCGGUUCAGCCCACGGCGGCUCCCGUGACAACGUCUUCCCGUUCGCUUCCCGCCAGGCUUCGGUUUGUUCCGCCUCUUCCUCUCUUUCCUCGCUUCCGCCACGCAUGCGCAGAUGGAUGCGAGUCUGCCGGAAGUGGGCUCCGUCGCUCCGUCUCCGCCUUCUGCUGCGACACACCACGGCUGCCUCGUCGCUGUGUGAGAGUGUCUGUUCUCACGCAGAGGCGGAGCCCGCGAGAGAAGCACUCGACACAGACGGCGCGCACGCGACGCAGCGACCGGUUUUCCCAAAUGGUUUCCCCCAAACCGCGGACUGCACAGAGGGAGACGGAGAGCGAAACGGAGCAGCGACCGCGGAGGAGGCUGCAGGGGGAGGCGACGCAGUCGAGGGUGGCGAAGGGGAGGAAUGUGACCCCAGAGAAAAUGGCGGAGAAUGCGAAACCGGUGGAAACAUCGUGGGCUGCAAUUCUGGCAAAGGAGCGGCUUUUCUGUCUCAUGGCAGAAGCGAAAAGAGCAAAGCGUCUGCGCCUCACGUUUUGCUUGCAACGUAUGAAGAACUGCUUCAGUAUCCUCUCCUUCUUGAAAGCGCAAUUCGAGAAUUUGACGGCCUGGACCUUUGUGUGUACGACCUACGCGAUGUGAACUACACGUGUCCCCACGAUGCCGCCAGUCGCGCCUCUGGAGCGACGCAGGACCAGGCAGGUGUGCGACCGCCGUUCGGACCCCUCGUCGAGCCUCUUUCCGAGAAACGAGACGAAGUUGCAAAGUCUGCAUGCGACGCGCACCGGCUCUCAGUUUGUUCCCGUGCAUGCAGGGCACGCGACUUCUUGCUCUGCCGGCAAGACAGCCCCCUGUACUCUCUGGCGGGCGUCGUUGAUCGCCUCUGCGCUGCCGCCUCGUCUCAGAGAAGAGCUGGGCGUCUAGAGAAGAAGGAGAGAGACAGCGCGACACAGGAGGGAAACAGCGCGACAGGCGUUAACGCGCCAGGCACGAGCACAGAAGAACUGUCGGCUGACGAAGAGACAGCAAGAGAAGCGAGAGAGGACGGGGACGACGCAGCAGGGACGAGGCCGCAAACGCUCCUGAUCACCAACGCCGAUCCCUCGGCGUGUCGCGCUUCGCUUCGUCUUUUGCUGCCGCUCUUGCUUCCCGCCUUCUUCGCCUCUCCAGUGGAUGUUGACCGCGCAUUCGCAGCGUACUGGAGAUCCACCCUUCCCUCGGGGACAGAGAAGCGGCCGAGGCUCUCGGAAGCUUUUCUGCCUUUUGCGCGGGAAUGCGUGUUUCCGCUGGUGCUCCGGCGAGCGCGGUCUGCAUGCAUGCUGUCUCUGCUCCCGCCUCUCGACGGGGAAGUGCACCUUCUGGCCUUCACUAGCCGAGCCCACGUGGAGGUGUACGCCCACAGUCACCAGAGCGCGUCCCGAGCUCUCUGCGACGCGGUCCUCUCGUGUGGCAUGCCCGACAAGGAAGCGUCUUCCGAGGCGGAAACCGAGGCGCCUUCGUCUCACGGUCAAGCGGAUCCAGUCAGACGGAAGCGAAGACGAGCGGAAGCGCCAGCGGCGGCGAAAGGCUGCGCGGCGACGCAGUUUGUGGCCAAACCGGGGCCGGAGAAGAAAGAGAGGCAAGACGAGCAAGACGCCGUGGACAAAGUUUCGAAAGUUGCGCAAGAAAUGGUCCGCUACCUGCUGAUGGUGGCCAUACACCCCAUGCUGGUGCCUCGGUCAGGCUUUCCACGUGCAGGAGUCGAGGCUGAGCAGCCGAGCGUGAGGGAUGCAUGCGCAAGCGAAGACGAGGCAGACGGCGACCGCGACGCGCACAGAAGCGGAGAGAAACGCCUGCUCGAGCGCGUGGCGAUAGCCCUGUCGGAGACUCUGGCGCUCCCGCCUUGUUUCUCUUCUUUGCUCUCCGAGACGUCUCUCCCAAAGGCUCUGUCCCCGUCUUCUCCCGAGGGCGACUGCCGAGCGUGCACAGGCAUCGCGUCGCCGCACGGGCGCAAAAGGCUCGAGAAACUGCUGAGGAGACACUGCAGUCCUUGGGAUCUGCGGCGGCUCGGAGGAGCCCUCGGUGUAUGCGACUGGAAGCUGAGCGAACAGGAGGCCUGCGAGGGCGAGAAGAUCAGGUGGCUUCGAGACUUCCUAGCGCCGCUCACCUCGCCGUCUGUCGCCCAACGCAACGGACUCUCUGACGCUCGCGCGCCGUUCCGGGAGGGGGACCGACUUCACGGCGGCGUCGCCUCCAACGCGGGUGAAGCGAGGGCGAAGCGAGACAGCGGACUCGCAGCAGUGGCAGGAGCCGCAGGCGUCGACGAAGUAGAGACUCGGGACUGCAUACGCGCCGCAGGCGCCAGAGCGGAGACAGCGGCUUCGACGGCAGCCUGCGAUCGCGAGGAAGCACACCGGGGGUUUGCGGCAUCCCAGACAGCGACACCAGCUGGAGGCACAGACCGCAAGAAUCCGCGGAAAGUGGUUAUUCUCAACCCCCUCGCGUGCGCAGUCGCCUCGCGGUGUGUACCUCGAGAAGCCGGAAAGCAGAGAGCUCGACAGAGACAAGACGCCCGCUUGCAGUCUGCUUGCCAGGAACGAAGAGAGACCGACAAGGGAGAAAGCCGGAAGUCAGGCCUGACAGACAACUUGUCGUUAGCAUCUUUUCUCCAGGCGGCACUCGGGAAAAUGAUUUUCGUUAUUCCCUACGGCAGCUCCAAAGAGACAGCUGCGCAGGUUCUCCACGACUUCCUCAAAGAAGACCCGACCGAUGUGCCGGCCUUGCUUGUCGAAGACCUCGCGAUCUUAUUUGACUUGAGACCCCACACGCUGGCACAUGUCUCCGACCUGAUUUGGCUGGCGGCGCCGGCGAGGCCGCUGUCUCUCGGUGAGAGGCCCUCGAAGCUCGAGCCUUCGGGCGGCUGCCGGAUGUCUUCUGAGGCCAGCAGAGACGACACUCGGACCUCUCUCCCGGCUUCUUGUGGAAAGGCGGAGGGAAGAGAGUGCGACGGAAACGGGGGAGAGAAGGGGCGCGCGCCCACCGAACCGAGGCAAGAGCAGCAAGGAGCUUUGGAGACGGAUACGAAGCAGUGCCGAAGCGGACGGAAAGAAGAAAAGGUGGGGGGUGAAGAACAGCGAGAGAAAGUAGAGAUCGUUCGGUGCGUCAGGAGAGAAAUGCACGACUGCGAAGACGGACCUAAUGACGAGGACGGAUGUUUUAUUAUUCGAGAAGAUAUGCGCCAGGUGGAGAACUGCUUUCGGUGUGUCGGAACUGCUGCAGCUCAGCUAAGGUCUCUAGCUGACACAGAGGAGAUAACGUUCUCGGCACAGAGGGACAAAACCUAA